AUGGCUUGUAGUAGGAAUAGUAGGAACUCUCUGUGCUCCAUUGUUGUGAAUGGCUCAAUGACCGAGGAGCCUAUUGAAAUAAAAGCUGAGAUGAAGGCUCACUUUCUACAGCAUUUCUCUAAGUCUUGGAAGGACAAACCUAAAUUAUCUCGUCAUUUCAAGAACAUUGGAGGACCUCAUGUUGUGGAACAUUUGGAGGCAGAGUUUACUGAGAAGGAAAUUAGUAAUGUAAUCAAGAACUGUGAAGCCCCUCUUGUUUGGAUGAGUAGGCCAAUCAGUCUGGCUGGUUCCUUGUAUAAAAUUCUAGCAAAGAUGUUAUCAAACAGGAUGAAACAAGUGAUGCCCAAGAUUAUUAGUGAGGUUCAAUCAGCUUUUCAAGGUGGUAGGAAUGUUCUGGAUGGGAUUCUAAUAGCUAAUGAAAUUGUUGAUGGGUGGAAAAGAUCCAAUAAGAAAGGUUUGAUUCCUAUAAGGGUGGCUAAGGAGAUUGAGAAAAUGCAAUCAGCUUUCUUAUGGGGUGGACCAGAUCUCAGAGGAAAAGUGCAUUUGGUUCGUUGGCAUGUGAUUGCAAAGAAUAAGAAUCUAAGUGGAAUGUCAGAGAUUAACCUUGAUGAUGCGUUUUGGGAUGAGCUCGGGGCCAUUAAUUUAGAUGAGAUUUUAGCCGAGCACCCCACCCCCCCUCACCUGAGGAUUGGGGAGAUUCAGAUGACAUAA